GCUGUUCCAUGAUUAACUCUCUCAUGAUGUCUUGCCUUCGGCGCCUAUCUCAGCCACUCCCAGCAAGCCAGCUGCAACGAGACCCAUGCCUAGUCUCUAUUCUAGGAUCACGGCGCUUGCAGACCAAGUGGUUUUGCAGAAGAAGCAGAAGAGGUAUUUUAGGCACUACCUAGUGCUUAAAGACUAAAUAGAACCUUGAUUGUCUCGUAUAUCUCAGUCUCUGGAAGUCAAGUAAGAGUCCUUUGUCUGUAUCUCGUUGUUCUAACUCUUCCUCCCAGCCAUCUCUGGAAUCACCCCUCACUGAUGAUUCCCCUUUGUUAUCAGAUCUCCUCCUUCUUGCUACAGCUGCUUUGGUCUAACACUGCCCAUACUUUUGCUUAUCCCUUACUUUCCUUUAAGGAUUACCGACCUAAGACUUGCAUACACGGAGAACCGUUAACAUAUAGCAUAAGUCAAUAUGGCGAGAUCAACGUUCACCGAUCUUGUCUCUGGAAGACCCCCAAUACUGUCCAUCAUCCUGAUGGUAUUUGCAAUGAUCACAUCAAGUCAUGCUUUUAAUUUAGCAUUACGCGAUUCAGACGGCUGCCCCAGCUCUUACCAAAAGUGUGAAGCCGCUGGUCUACCAGAAGCAUUCUGCUGUCCUUCUUCGUCAACCUGCGUCAGUUUAGACAAUGCUAGUUCGGUUAUAUGUUGCCCCAAGGGACAAGCAUGCACAUACAUAGAACCAAUCAAUUGCAACGUACAACUGCAGAAUGCUACUCUGCACCCAAGGAAUCCAAUCAAAACUACAAGGCUCGAUGACCAGCUGCCCAAGUGUGGCAAUUUGUGCUGUCCGUUUGGAUACGUCUGCAAAGGAAACCAGCUGUGCGAGAUGGACAGCUCUACUUCUUCCACUACAACACUUGGUGGAAGUCCUACAUCCACGAUCACAGGUACAUCUUCAAGCGAGUCGACUACAUACACGGCAACAGAUUCUUUAUCCAAAACUGAUCAGGGGAAACCAACCACACUAUCACCCUCCGAUACACACCCCCCAGCUUCCAACUCCCUCAUGACCGAUUCCAACCCGACUUCUGCCUCAAUGGCAGCAGCAUGUCCUCCGUUUCCAACCACAGCCGUUAUAGCCGGAUUUUUCCCUGGCGCUGUGUUUGGAGCUGUACUAGCCUCAAUGGCACUAUUCUGCUAUAGAAAACGGCGAAAGGGGUGCAAGGACCCUCGCAUAAAGUUUUCUCAACACAGCGCAUAUAAUAGGUCCCCGUUCAGCAUAUCCCACCCUAUACCAUCUGAAGAAAGCUCCUACCGCACAGACUUCCUCCUUCGUCGUUCCCAACGAAGCUCCUCUCGUUCGAUUCUACAGCGGACAGGGACCAGAGUGAAAAGUCUAUUCGGCUCGAAUCCCAAAUUCGCUGUUCACGACUUGGAUAAAGUGCCCCAGGUACCCGUCACCCCGCCGCAGCAGGUCAGACGGCAACCUAGUACUGAGAGUAUCAGGGUAUAUACCCCUCCGGGUGGACUUGCGAAUACACGCACACCGAAACAGGGACACUACCUUUCUGUGGGGCCGCAUCCGACAUUCACGGAUAUGAUUGAUGAAGUUGGGUUCAAGGAUAAGAAAGGUGAUCCGUGCUACAAGGUGGCAGAGUCCCCUGAAGCGAGCAGAACUAAUUUGCAAGUUCCACGGGACGUUUAUUGAUCAUGUUUCUUUGUCUGUCCCAUUCACGUAUGCCUUCGUCUAGCAUAUAGACAAGGCGUGGUGGGCUUCUAAACUUAUCGUGUAUCUAUGUGUUGGCCUACUUUAGCACUUUGUUUGCUU